AUGCCGACUGUUGCCUUCCUCCUCCUCCUCCUCCUCGUCCUGUCUCCGGGGGCCUGGACCUACGAAGCCCGCGAGGACAAGCAGGAUGUGUUCGCCCGGAGAGCGUGUCUGGCCUUCCUGACCUUCAGCAACGCGGCGUUCCUGUCAGGGGUCACGGUGGAGCUGCCCUGUCACUGCAAACCGCCGCAGGUCCAGUCGGUCGUUUGGUUCUUCAGGAAACACUCGGGUGGCGCCGAGGACACCCGAGCCCUGACAGAUCUCCAUGGCAACAAGCUCCUGGACAGCAGGCAGGUCCUCCACGGCAGCGACCUGCGGAGUCGAUUCUAUCGACUCUUCAGCCUGCUCAUCUUCAGAGCCGGACCCGACGACGCCGGCGUCUACGUCUGCGGCUCCGCCCACAACGACUUCUUCUACGGAGCUGGCCCCCCUCAGGAACCGUACCGGGUCUUCACCGGCUUCCAGCCCUGGUCGGUGUGCGACCGCUGCGGGAUCCCGGGAGAGCAGGUCCGCGUCGGACUCUGCUACGUGCACUCGCGCUUCCUGCACGUGCGCUACCGAGGGGCCAAUCAGACGGCUUCGUGCGGCUCGGGCGCGCUGCCCGCCGCCUUCAGCCACCUGAGGAGAAACGGCGCGACGCUGGAGGUUCGGAGCUGCCGGGCGACCUGCCCCGGCGGAGACCGGCCCUCCUCCAGGCUGCUCGCUCUGCUGGCGUUUCUCGGGUACAGUCAUUCUGGAGAACGUCAGUUAUCAACAGUUACAUUCCGCCUCCACGCCGGAGCGGAUCCGGUGUACUACCUGACCCACCCAGCAGAUGGCGUGCUCACCUUGGGUGCCCGGCGCCGUCCCAACAUGGCCGUGGCCUGGGACCGAGAGUCGACGCCGAGGGCACCACCGUCGUCUUUCACCGGCGAGAACGGGGACUCAGGUUCCUACGUCUGCUGGCCCGGGCGGCGGGCUGCUGAGAUCCGUCUGCUGAACCCCCGCCUCGGCCGCGGCCCGUCCGUCUUUCCUCCACCCCCCGAUUUCCCGGCCGCCGUUCGGACGCUGCUGGAGUCCUACGCCAUCAUGGCGGCGGCGUUCUGCCUGCUGCUGGGGGGCCGGAUCGCACUGAGACACCGGAGAGACGCCAGAGAGACGCAUUCGGAUUAA